AUCACCUCAUUUCCUCCCCCUCUCAUCUUCUCACUUCCCUCUUCCCCUCACCAAAAAAACCUUCCUCAAGAUGCGUUUCUCCACCGUCCUCCUCUUCACUGCCCUCGCCGGCAUGGCUGCUGCCGCUCCCCUCCAGUCGCGCUCCGCCGUGACGCAGAUCGGCGACGCCGUCAAGGACUUUGACGACGCAGCCGGCGUCACCGACCUCGAGGACAGCCUCGACAAGGACUUCCACGGCCACAUCACCGAGACUGAGGACGCCCUUGGCCUGACCAAGGCUGAGGAGACCCUCCACCUCGAGAGGCGAGCCCAGGAUGGUGUCGUCCAGGACCUUGGUGCCGACGUCAAGGAGAUCGAGGACGCUACGGGAAUCACGGCCGUUGACGAUGCCCUCGACAAGGCCUCGGACGGUGCCCUCACGGACGCUGAGGAUGAGAUCGGCGUCACCGACGUUGAGAAGGCCAUCAACGCCUACUAAACGUCUGCCUUACUUUCUCAUCCGUCAUCUCCGUCUCCCCGCCCUGCACCCAACUCUAUACCUCUUCUCCCAACCCCUCUCAUAGGUAGCUGACGACUCGGUCGACGAGAGCCAUUUCCCCUUAGACUUUUUUUUCCCUUGGCUUUCUCUCAGUCGUCACCCUUCACUCUGCACACUCAUUGUUCGCCUUUCUUCCCGAUAAUGGCACACAUUUCUCAUAACUC